GAGUACACUCAAAUGGCUGGUCGUGCAGGUAGACGAGGUCUAGACACCACCGGAACUGUAAUCAUCAUGGCCAACAACCUAGAUGUCAGUGGGAUGCCCACUGACCUCCAGCUCCAACAAAUGAUUCUCGGUCAGGCCACCAAACUCUCCUCUCGCUUCAAAAUCACCUACUCCAUGAUCCUCUACCUUCAUCGAGGUGAACUCCAGUCUCCCCAAGAGCUUAUUCGACAGUCCUUCAUGCACGCUGGUGAUUUGCGUCUCGAGUUGAAGAGGAAACAUCAGGUUGAUCUUUUGAAGGAACUCAUCAAGUCUUCUGCACUUGGUGAUUACACCUACGAAAGUGCCCCGAGGUUAUCUAAAACUGGACCCGUUGCUAAUAUUUCUGGGGAUCAGGGAGCUAUAAAGUGUCAUCCUGUUACUACAAGAUGCCCUGCUUUACCUCAAGAUGACCCGGAAUCUUACAGGAACCUGUGUAUCCACGAGAUGGUUCCUUUCUAUAUGACCUGUGAUUACUUUCGAAAUCUGUCGUUGACUUGUGCAAAGAUGGCAGGAGAACAACCCGCAUCAAUGCUUGAUAAAAUUUUCUGCCCAGGAAGAGUAGUGGAAUUGCAACUCUCCACGGAAUCGCUUCGAGCUGCCACGCAGAGUAUGACUUCCGCUUCAUUCUUGCCAAACUGUGGAAACAGGUUAAUUCCUAAUUGGACCACAUUUGGUGUUGUGGUGGAAUUUAAGAGGAUGUCCGGUUGGAGCUUGCUCACUGUGGUAACCUGGCAACUGCCUCCCUCACUACAUGGUGACUGUUCAGAGCAAAUUGGACUAACACCGGAGGAGGAGGAAAUCAUUUGUGAUGGUGAAGAUAUCCCCUCCAGUUUCACGCCUUUUCCCUCCUUUGUGAUGGACAAGUACAUCCCCAAGUGCGGAACUGUAAAGUCGCGGAGUUCACCUGAACGUUAUCCACCAGAGCUUAUCCACUGGGAAGAGGAGUUGCAGGUUGUGGAUAAUUCUUCUUGA